UCAUUUGGGUUCUCUUUUCUGAAAUCAUCUGACAAAUGGGGCGUGGUUAAUGACAUUUCAGCACUUCAUGAACGGACAGCGACACAAACAGCUGUGCACUUUUGGAGAAAAGCGCGCACAAAAGAAACAAGAAAAACCUCGCAGUAUGAAAAAAAUCAUAAGGUCUUUGGGUCUUUAUAUUGUUACGGUUCAGUUUUGUUUUGGGUUUGUUCUGUUAUUUUCUCUAUUUUUUUAUUUUAUUUAGAUUGCCAGCUAAGGAUUUACACCUGUCCUGAAUUUGAUUUAAGGCGCUGUCCUUUGUGGAAGGAGCCAGACCCCUAUCCUGCAGUUUGUUGAGGAGCUGGACCUUCAUAUUGUUUUUCUGUUUUUGUUUGUUAAUUUAAAAUCUAUCUUCUUUAUUAUUUAACCCCUAGACAUAAAUAAAUAUUUAGCUUAAUAUAUUUUUGGACUCUGAUCCUUUUAUUUUGUUGCUUCCUUGAGCCGGAAUGUAACAAUAUCGAGAUAGUUUUACGUCCAAAUGUCGGAGUAAAGUAAUAUAGCAUACUGUCUGGGGGUGGUGGUUUGGUGAGGUAUGGAUUGGGCACUAGCUUGGCUAACUACAUCCAUUCGACUAGGUUAACUUAUGUUUAUACGAGCGAGUUCUGGGGGCCAUAAGCAACUUUGUGAGGGUGCACAUGUGUUUAAAUGCCUAAACUAUAAGCAAAAUGUUAACCAAAACACAGUGUAUUUCAACCAUAUUACAGCUGUAUAUUUUACCAUAUGCACAUUUGACACUCAUCAGAAUACUUCCUAAUUAUAAUAUUGAAACUUGUUUUGUGAAAAGCCCUUAAUCUGUUACAUUUGUAUUUAGAAAUCAUGGUCUACUGACUGCCAGGUACUUCUUAACCAAUCUGUGUUGUGUUACACUUUAUGUUUGCACAAAUUAAGAUCAAGGCUUCACUGAGCAUAAACCUUUAAUUGUGAGUUGUAGUCACAGUGAAAAGUCUCAUUUCUUCAGUCUACAGGUGCAUUCACAGCUCCUGAUUUUAUGUCCAACUUUAAAUAAUCUUUACUAUAAAAAUGUGUAUGCAUUGGUGUGUUUGGAGUAUAAAUUGAAGCUCAGCUUUUAUGAAGAAUUAUGGCUUGGCAAAAAUGACACACAGCACACAAAUGGAAAAUGUAUAUUCUCAAAGGCAUUUGUACAGUCUUGGAUAAACAAUCUUUGUUUUUCCUGAUCUUUUAUGAUCUUCAGAUCUGAAAAAGUGACAACAUGGAGACUGCAGAGAGCGUGUCAGCAAAUAUAAACACCUACAGGAACUGCUCGAUAGAGAUCAACAACAUGAGCAACGUCUACAACCUCAUCAACCCACAUUUUUACACGUACAGUGGGUACUGCUGCCAUCCUCCUCAGCCCACAAUCAGCUCCAACAAGACCGGGGUCUGCGCAUUCAGUAAAACUCCACACACUGCCUGUGGGUCCGUAGGUGUCAUGACCUAUAACCUCUUCCACAUGGAGAAACAGGUGUGCACUGAACGCAUUGCUAUUCUGUUCUCCGUUCCCUACAACUACAAUCAUUUUGUCAAUGUCUUUGGAGUCGGGGUGUUUGAUAUAACCUGUGAGUGCAAUCAUGGUCUGUACAACUACAUGUAUUACGGGAAAGAUUCCAGACAGUUUACCAGUGUGACUGCAGAUGUGUCUGGAAUUACCUUCAACGCACAGACGGUUGAAUUAAGAGCAACUAUGUCCAAUGUGGGCAAAGCUAUUAUUAAACUAGAGAUUGUAGACAUACCAGACAUUAGCCCAGUGGUGGAGAUCAAGCAGCGUGGCGAAUGUUGCAGCAAGUUCUGUCCUUUCUGGUGCUAUCGUUACUGUUGUACCUGUAAUUGUUUGGACAAGUGAUCUACUGUCGUUCACCCUAAUGCUGCAUUUACAUCAACCGCGUUUCAGGCGUCAAAAUCGCGUCUACCGCGCCCAGUUUGCCACUUGAACAGUUUGAAUGCAUUCGCGCCAAAUCCGCUUCUUGUGGGAGGGGCAAGUGCUAUGCGGUUGUCUGUUUGCAGGAUGGCUGAUGUUGAUGGUGCAUUUAUCGAGUUACCGGUUUGUAUUUAGUCACCUUACUAUAGGGGGCAAGUAAACGGCGAUGGUCGUCACAUGACUCAAAAGUGAAAUGCGUAUUACAACUUACCAGGUUGCCCAAUGUCCUCACUGACACUCUCCCAAGCGAGAUCUGUUUUAUUUCUGUCUCUAUAGAAAUAAGAACUUGUGUUGUAUAGCUCUGGGUGACUGCUCACGGACAAUAUCAAGCCUUCAUGCUCCGGGCAGGGCUGCCUCCACAGCAGCAAGUAGGCUCCUGAUUGGUUAACCCAGCGCAAAAAUGCGCCAAAGUUCAAAUUUGAAGCGAAUUAGGCAGAAUGAGUCUUCCGCGCCGUGCUAAACGCCUGACCCUUCGUUCAGACAGCCAGUGACGGUAUCGCUGUGUGUCGCCCGUCUCUUUCAAUGAGGCGUUUCUAAAUCUGCUUGUCAUAAACAAAUGAGUACCAUCCACGCCAGUUACUGACGAUAGAAGGAUGACGUGAACUUCUCUGCUUUGUUCUCAUUGGUAGUCGCUCCCGAAAUUCGCUCGACAUUUCCAUAAAGUUAAACUUUUGUUAACUUUCUCGCGUCGCUGGACACGCCCAUAUGGUCGCCAACGGUCACUUUCGCUCGUGUUGCCGGAAGUCGCCCAGUUUCCAUUGAAAUUAAUGAGAUCACGUCGCACUGAUACUGCUGGUCGCUGGCUGUCUGAAUGGGGCCCCAGUCAUAUUAGCUCCAAGAGACAGAGCGACAGGCUACCAUUCAUUUUCAAUGGGAGUGGCCGUUUGCCAGCGUCAAGCGACGAGUUCGCCGCUGCGCGAGCAAGGUGGGGCCAAAAUAGACAAGCAAGCUAUUUUAUGCAAAUGCUGAGUGAUACGACAAAGCGACUGCCAAUCGGAGUGAAGGAGCAGCGUGACAUAGGUCUGUGGCUGAGUCGGAGAAAAUUAUUCAAAAUGGCGGAAAAUGCAUAUUUCUGUAUAUAUCUCAUAAGUUUGGCAUUUUAUCUCAUAUAUUUUGUUACUUUUAUCGAGAAAUAAAUACUUUUAAAUCCCAAAACACCGUUCUUGUAACUUAACAAUACCUCUUAAGUGACUUUUGAUACCGCUAUUAUAUACUAGCCAAGGAACGCCCAUCAAGCGAGUGCGUGUCUCUCGGUGUCACUCACUUUUAUAGCUAAUGUGACUGUAGGGUCAGCCGGGCUGCAGGACCUCCAGACGAGCGUCAACACAUUGACUUAACAUUAAAAUCACUCACGCUUGCAGACUCUACCGCGUCUGGUGUAAACGCAGCAUAAUGGUAACAAAAUAAUUUCUUUUUAUUCUGCCUGAAUUCAUAUGCAAAAAGUCUAAUUAAAAAGCAUGCAGUUUAUGAGGUUAUGACUAUAAAAUCUAGCUUAAACGUUAAAUACAUUCAUGCAUUUGGCAGACACUUUUAUCCAAAGCAACUUACAGUGCAUCACAAGGUAUACAUUUAUCAGUGUGUGUUGCCUGGCUUCAAACCCAUAACAUUUUGAGCUGUUAAUGCAAUGCUCUACCAGUGAGCAAUCACAAAAUUUUUGAAGCAAAGGCAUCUGGGAUCAACUACAAGGCACAGAGAAUUGAAUUGAGCGUAACUAUGUCAAAUUUGGGCAAAGUUAAACUAGAGAUCCAUGACAAGCUGGGCUAGAAAUGUAAGAAGUUGCUUAGCCUAACAAAAUCAUUCUUCCACCUGAAUUCAUGUGUAAAAAAAUCUAAAUGGUAUUAAAACAGCAUGCAAUUGUG